GUAGGCAAGGUCGGUUCCCGUACGACAGAUUUCCAGCGAGCGCAAAUCCUACGAUCACGGACGAGAAACGGAAGGCGAUCUUGAAAGCUGCAGAGGAGAAGGGCUCCAUUGAUAGACUGAGAUUAGUGAAUGAAGAGGUGGACAAGCGCGUGGAGAACACUGGUGAAAGACUGGCAGAAAGAGAGAGAAUGGUGAAAGAUAUCAAGGUGAAGAUCCAGGGCUUGUGGCGCAAGUUCCUCCAGAUCCAGGACGACCCAUUGUAUUCUUCAGAAUUUGGCACCAUUCAUGCAUUGAUCGAGUCGGAUCCGGAGGGUGCUGGGGGUACUGGCUUCGUUGAGUGCUUGAGAGAGCAUAUCAUUGCGAAUGGAGACUGCCUGAUGUCAGAGCACCACUUCACGGCAGUGAAAGAGCUGGUAAGAAUGUUUUUACUCUGUAACUCGAGAGGGAACUUCCAACUUCAAGCAGCUGUCUGUUACCUGAGGACUAACCUUUUGAUCUCAUUUGAUCCAUUGUUCAUUUGAACCACCACUGCCCCAGGAGAUAUCUUAACGACGAUAUGGUUUUCCGGACCCUGGACACCGC